AUAUUAUCAAAAGGUUGGAUGAAAAAGUGAUAAUUACAUGAAGGAUAUAAGAACACAUUUAACUUUGGAUUUAAAUAAUGUCCACCAUGAAUGUUUGAAUUUUGGAUUUAAGUAGUCUCGGAAAUUAUUUCAGUCCCGUUUCAAAUUGAAUCCAGACAUUGACUAAAAAAAAAAUGCCUUAUCUAUUUUUAUUAAUGGAAAAAACGAUAUAAAAAAAAAUUGCCUUAUCUACAGUCCACGGUGAAGUUCUAAGCUAGGGAGGAAGCGAGCUUAGGGCAAAGAAGCCAAGAAGAUAAAGCUGAAGAUAUAGAAGCAAAGAUGUUUGGCCUCUCAAUUGCUUCCCUAACAACCGUUACUUUCCCUCCGAAACCCAUAUCUUCAAUCGCGAAAACUUCCUUUACUGGCUUUAGAAUCCAUCAGUUUUGUCCCCAACGGUUGCCUUCUCAGACGACGUCGUUUCGAAAACCAUCGUCGUCGGUGGUAAUGAUGGCUAAGAGAGAAGAAGAAAUGAGGGAAAUAAGAGCCAAAACAACUGAGGAAAUCAACGACGAAGUGGUUGAGUUAAAAGGAGAGCUUUUCAUGCUUCGUCUUCAGAGGUCGGUUCGUAAUGAGUUCAAGUCUAGCGAGUUUCGCCGCAUGCGCAAGAGGAUUGCUCGCAUGCUUACUGUUAAACGGGAAAGAGAGAUCGAGGAGGGCAUCAACAAGCGAUUGUCAAGAAAGUUUGAUCGGCAAUGGAAGAAAAGCAUUGUUGUAAAGCCACCCCCAUCUUUGAAGAAGUUGCGAGAGCAAGAGGCAGCUGAAGAAGCUGAGAAAUCUGCUUGAGCUACUCGCGAUACUUCAAUUGUUCAUGGCUUGCGAAGGGCUCUUUAAAUUGCUGCAUUUUCUAUUUUUUACAACAUUUUGUGCAUAAUGUUGUUGAAGCUAGGUGUGUUUUACAAUAUUUUUGGUUUACCUAAGAUUAUUGAUUGUCCUAUGUCUUCUUUCUCUCCUGGGAAAGCACUUGACAA